GAUCACACAGAUUUGAAUAACAUUUCGAGGAAAUUUACUUGAAAUAUUAAACAAUUGGAAUGUAAUUACUUAUAUUCGCAACGCUAACUUCCUUUAUGCGUAGCUUCUUCUGUUAUUAUUUAAGUAAUAAUAGUAAUUUAGAUUGGGUAUGGGGAUAAAGCGAAGUUUGGGACUCGGCUUGCCUGCGUGAUGUGAAAGCGGGGGAAUUAAAACAGAUGGCUACUUAUAGCGACACUUUACUACGGUGAGGAUGGAGCCUGGAUGACAAGAUGAAAUCAGUCGUGAUUGGAGCAGAAACACGGCGGCUGACUGAUGUUUUGCGGGGGGGUUGCAGCCUUUCGGAGAUUAAUGCCAUUUCGACUCCCCGCUCGGAGGUGACAGGAGCUGUUUCCUCUCUCCAUGCAUAAAUAGGAAUACAGGACGUGGCUGGGGAAACUUAUGCCGGACUGCUCUGGAUCAUCAACGGUGCUGUAUCGUCCUGAUAUAUCCGAAGCUGAUCAUGAGAUUUAUCUUUUGCAUUGCUUGCUUUUGGUCUUUUGCAUGAAAUUAAUAUUUCUGCGUUUAAACGUACAGCAUUUUAUUAUUUUUUGUUUGUUUUGUCAAAGACUCAUAAGGACUCCGCAGCGUCAGUUUCUAAAUGUAAGUCAACACGAAGUGAGAUAUUAGGAAAUUUUUCUGACCUCUGUAGAUGUAUGAGAGUGCAUUAUAAGUUAACGGGCUGCGAUAUGUAUUUCAAAUAUGCCUGAUUUUAACGUUUUUCUUUAUGGCAGCAGUUUCACUCGGCAUAUGCUGAAUUUCAUCCCGAUUACAAUCUAUAUCAAUUAGGUUAAACAUAAUUACUAAGAAAAGUUUUUCAAUGCGUCUGUUAUCUCGUGAAUGAAAAAAAAGCAAUGGCUGUAAUGUUAGUUCAGUUCAAACAGAUGUACACGUUAGUUCACUUUUCGGUUUUGAACUACGGGAUGCUCCUUCUCAUGGAUGGCAACGAUUCUUGAUUCUCUUUUCACUGAAUAAGUGAAUGUGCGUGAAAAAAGGAAAGAAAGAAAAACUGCUGUAAACUGCAUUAGACCAUGGCCAUGAAGUGGACUUGGCAUCACGUUUUUGUAUUGUCAUUGUUGGCAGUUGGAAGUGCCUACUCUGGGGUUUUCAAUUCUUCCAGUAGUAAUGUUUUUGAAGGUACUUUUGAAGACCUUAAGCUCACAACAGACAGCAGUUCGGGACAAAAGAAGCAUGGUGCUACCAGAACACAUCCUAACCUGUAUUUUGACAGAGGGGAUGUACAACUACUGAGGCAGAGGUCUUCUACCACCCACAAUCAUAUUUUCAAAAUAAUCCGAGCUGCUGUCAGUACCAUAUUGUCUAAUCCUGCUUUGUACCUCCCCCCUGUGAAGCACGAGGAAUUUGCCAGCAAAUGGAACGAGAUCUAUGGAAACAAUCUCCCUCCUCUUGCCCUUUACUGCUUGAUAUGUCCAGAUGACAAGACUGCCUUUCAGUUCCUAUUGAAAUACAUGGAUCGCAUGUCUGACUACCCAAGCUGGAUAGUAUACAGUGCUCCUAACGAUGAAGUUCCCGUGGCUCAUUCUCUGACUGGCUUUGCUACUGCCUAUGACUUUAUUUAUUCUUCCCUCGACAAGCAGCGGAGGGACAAGUACCUGAAGAAACUGCUUUCUACAACAGGAGACCUGUAUGAGUCGUCAAAAUACAGGGGUUGGGGCAAGCAAUUUUUACAGAACCAUCAAACCACAAACAUUUUAGCCAUCUUGAUUAGCGCCCUCGUGGCUGGAAUGAAUGAAGACUCAGAGACAAUGAUCUGGAAGCAGGUUGCCGUAAACUACAUGGAGAAGACAAUGUUCCUUCUGGGCCACAUAGUGGACGGGUCUCUGGAUGAAGGUGUAGCUUAUGGAAGCUACACUGCCAAGUCCAUCACACAGUAUGUGUUCCUGGCCAAGCGUCACUUCAACAUUGACAACACUAAGAACAAUUGGCUACGGGCACAUUUCUGGUUCUACUAUGCCACACUUCUUCCGGGAUUUCAGAGAACAGUGGGCAUAGCUGAUUCCAACUACAACUGGUUUUAUGGACCAGAAAGCCAGCUGGUGUUCCUGGAUACGUUCAUCCUGCGGAACGGUACCGGGAAUUGGCUUGCACAACAGAUUCGUAAACAUCGGCCUAAAGAUGGCCCAAUGGGUCAAUCCUUAGCCCAGCGCUGGACUACUUUGCACACAGAGUACAUCUGGUACGAUUCCUACCUUACCCCCCAGCCACCUUCUGAAUAUGGAGAAGCAAGGAUGCACAUUUUCCCCAACUGGGGGGUGGUCACUUACGGAGCAGGCUUAUCUGCUGCACAGGGUAACACAUUUGUCUCCUUCAAAUCGGGAAAGUUGGGAGGCCGGGCAGUUUUUGACAUUGUCCAUGCCAAGCCUUACUCUUGGGUUGAUGGCUGGAAUAAUUUCAACCCAGGACAUGAGCACCCAGACCAGAACUCCUUUACGUUUGCCCCCAAUGGACAGGUUUUUGUGUCUGAGGCAUUAUAUGGACCCAAAUACAGCUACUUGAACAAUGUCCUAAUAUUCAGCCCUUCACCCACUAGCCAAUGCAAUGAACCCUGGGAGGGGCAGCUUGGGGAAUGUGACAAAUGGCUGCGCUGGACAGACAAGGAAGUGGGUGAUGCAGCUGGAGAGAUCAUUGCUGCUUCCACCCACACGGACUCCAUGUUCGUAAGUGGAGAGUCAGCACCAGCAUACUCCUCUGCCAUGAGACUGAAAAGCGUCUACCGUGGCCUGGUGCUUCUGAACUCCCAGACGUUGCUGGUAGUGGAUCACGUUGAGAAAGAGGUGGAUUCUCCUGUGGAAAUGCUCAGUGCUUUCUUUCACAACCUGGAUAUAGAUUUCAAGUACAUCCCCUAUAAGUUUAUGGGCAAACACCAUGGGGCACUGAUGGACGUUUGGGACGCCCAUUACAAAAUGUUUUGGUUUAACAAUCAGGGUGCUAGCCCGGUUGCCCGGAUACAGGAGGCAGAGCAGGCCGCUGAGUUCAAAAAAAGAUGGACACAAUUUAUCAAUGUUACUUUCCCCAUGAGCAGUACAGUUACUAGAAUUGCUUACGUCAUGCAUGGACCAUAUGUCAGGAUAUCCAACUGCAGAUUCACUGACGAUAGCAGAGAUGGGCUUAAGUUAUCUGUUACUGUUAAUGACACUGAGAAAAUAGUUUCCCUAGCAACAAACUACAAAGAUAUAGGCUCCCGUUUCAAAUAUUUGGGAUUUGGGGGAUAUGCUAAAGUAGAGGACCAACAUCAAAUUACGUUUUUUGGCUUUAAAACGGGAGUUAUCUCCAGGCAAAAUGUGGAAGGCAGUGCACUGUUUGACUUUGGAUUUACAGUGAACAUCUUAGCUUGGAUUUUACUAUGUGCUGGAAUUGGAUUUGUAACUUUACAGAGGAAGUUUUACAUUUGGUUCAGCAAGGUGACACGUUAUGUGCUUCUUUCCAUCCUCCUGCUCUGGAUGAUAGAACUCCUGUUUGUUUCCAGUAACUGUCAACACGUCCUUUGUGGGCUGAAAUGGAAACCUGCUGAAACUGACUUUAAAACCAGAGCACCGAUCAAACUUAAUGAUGGCCACCCUGUCCUCUUGCCAACUGUUGUCAUAGCAACUCUCCCUGGUUCAGGAGCAGAAAUAUUGAAGCACCUCUUUUACAAUUGCUCCGAUUUCAUUUACUUACAUGUUCCUACAGAGCACUUAGAUAUUCCAGAGACAGAAACGCAGUUUGAUUCUUUUCUAGAUGCAUGUGAAUGGUCAAAGCUGGAUGCUCAGCAGGGUCGGUUUAAUGUUAUCCGGGGCUGGUUGCACUCCUUGGUUUUCAGCACCAAGCUUCACCUUCAAAACACUCAACUGCACGAAAGCACCAGGUCCAAACUGACACUUAAAGGUGGAGCUUCUAAAAGAAAGAGAACUAGGUGGAAGGAGAUUGUUUUGGAGCAGAAAACUAGAGGGAAGGGAAACUUGGACAGGGAUGCCGAAGACGUCAGAGAUCUUCGUAGGCAUCUGGACCAGUACCAAAAUGCUCGAGUGGUUCUGAGUCUGAGGAGUGGCAGCUGGGUCUUAAAACUCCCCUUUAUUCAGGAGGUGAUUGGCCCUUCCUUGAGGUCAAUAUACGUUGUCAGAGAUCCACGGGCAUGGAUCUACUUGAUGCUGUACAGCAGCAAGCCCAGUCUCUAUUCCUUUAAAAACAUAGCACAGCACCUGGCACUCAUCUUUAAGAAAGAUGGUAUCAGGGACAGGUGCCCAAGGGACUUGAGCCCAGAGUUCCGGGUACUUCAGCAGCUCCUUUUGCACUCAAGAACCAGCCCAGUCUUGGUGUUAGCCCACCUGUGGCUGGCACAUACAACCGCUGCACUUAGGGUCCACGCUGGCCUGUCUGUUGACACCUACCUCCAGGUGAGGUUUGAGGACAUUGUGCAGUUCCCCCAGGAGACCGCGGAGAAGAUACACACUUUCCUGGGUGUCCCACUUAGUCCGGUGGCCCUCAACCAGCUCAUGUUCACGACUUCCACAAACUUGUACAACCUCAUGUAUGAAGGGGAUAUUUCACCAGCUAACAUCAAUAUAUGGAGGCAGAACAUGCCCCCCAAGGAAAUUAGACUAAUAGAAAGGACAUGCUGGUUUGUAAUGAAGAGGUUGGGGUAUUCAAAGUUUGUGAGCUGAUUGCUACAUGGCAGCUCUGAUUAUUUUGUGUUAGUGUGAAGCCAAAAGUGAAAGUAACAAUAACAGUAAUAAAUCGUUGCCCUUAAUUUAAAGUGAUAUUGUUAAGGGUGUUUCACUCUAUGCUGUUUAUCUUAAAGUGUUUCUUUCAGUAAGGUUAUGCUGUAUUCAGUAUGUGUUCUUGGUGUUUUAGUAGUCCUGGCCUAGAUCUAUAAAUAUACUCAGUGGUUAUUUUAUUAAGUACACCUAGUACCAGAUAGGACUCAUUUUUGCCUGCAGAACAGCUCGAAGGGAGAGGAGUUGUGCCUUCAGAGAAGCCUUUCUGCACACUGUUGUACUGAGCUGUUAUUUUUGCAUGUGUGACCUGCCUGUUAGCCUUAACUAGUCUGCCAAUUUUCAUCUGACCUCUCUUAUUAACGAGGUGUUUUCAGCUCCAGAGCUGCCCCUAACUGCACUAUCGUUUGUAGGUUUUAAACACAGUAGUGUAUGGAAAUCCCAGCAUCGUGAUGUUCCUGAGAUUCUGGAACCGAACACAUCUGUCACCAACAAUCACAAUAUGUUACAGUCACUUAGAUCAGACAUCUUAACUGUUGUAAUGCUAAACGCUGUGAACCUUUUAACCCUGCCUGUAUGUAUUCAGCUGCAGCUACAUGAUUUACUGUUUGUAGGAGGAGGCUGUUUGCAUUAACAAACAGGUGUACUUAUUAAACUGGUCACUGAGUGUACACAAAUGUGCAGUUUUCAUUUUGUUACAGAGUGAAUAGUAAUCAGUCUCAAAGGGUGUGAGUUUAUAUGUAUUUUUGAAAAGAUUAUAGAAUGUCUUAUUUAAAUGUGUAUAUGGUUCAACAACAAACAUGAAAUUCUGUUUUGAAUUUUUAGUUCUUUUGAAAUGUCAUUAUUUUUGUCAUUCAGAGAACUGAUCUGUGUUUUGUUGGCAUGGUGGCCUAAUGAUUUGUUAGUAUAUUGUGUUGUGGUUUUAACUGUUAAUUUGAUUAAUGUGAGCCUGACCAGGAUGAGUGGUUGGACGUGGGAUGGAUGUUGAUUUUAUCCUUGGAAUAUUGAGAAAUUUGCUAAUUUACUCAUUAUUAAAUUAUAACUAAGUCAGUGAAAGUCUUGCUUUGCCUGGGAUGGUGAGCAGUAACCAUGUGACCCAGACACAGCAGGACGGAAUAUGGACUGCAAUUCGGGAAGGGAGUGAAGCCAGGAUCAACAGUGACUCGGAGGAACUAAACAAAAACAUCAGCACUUGGAAAAUGCAGAGGAACAGCAAACAGGGUGUGGGAAGGGCAGCAGCUGGCAGUGGAACUGGGCAUCAGGGUUUGGGUGCAUGCAGUUUGGCAUGAAUGUUAGGCACUCUGUACCUUACAACAAGGUAUUGGAGGUUUGGGCUACUGUAUAUCUUACAUGUUAUUUAUGUAACAGAUACUUUUAUCCAAACCAAUGUAUGUUUUUUUUUUUUGAGUAACUGGAAUAAUUGGGGGCAAUUGGCCUUGCUUGGGGGAUCAACAGUGAAACUGUUCUGUCAACUGUGGGAUUUGAACCAGCAACUUUCUGAUCAUAGGUACAGCACCCAAACUGGUUAAGCCACACAUCAUCCCCUUUUAAUGUAUCAAAGUGCUAGAUGAUUUAAUUUGAGUUUGACACAAUAUCUGCAACUUUAAAUUCAAUUAAAUUUAAUAAAUAAAUAGUCCCAA